GCAAUCGCGGCGGCUCGGGCGCUGUAUCGUCCCAGCCGGGUGGCAAAGAGGAUGCGGAGUCCCGCGGCCGCCCACAGCGCCUCAGCGCCCGGCUCCGAAGCUGAAGCGCCCCGGCCACGCGGACCAGGUGGCUGCGCCGGGUUCCGCUAGGGACAGGCAGGGAUGAGUAGCUCUGUCAAAGAUGCACUGGACACCAGAGCAUGCUCAGCCCCUGAAUCAGUGGCCAGAGCAGCACCUCGAUGUCUCCUCCACCACCUCUUCACCAGCCCACAAAUCUGAUCUCUACCAUAGCAGUCGGCAGCGCUUCAACUAUGCUUGGGCCAAUGAUGACAUCUCUGCUCUGACUGCUUCCAACCUGCUGAAGAGGUAUGCGGAAAAGUACUCAGGAGUCCUCGACUCCCCUUAUGACCGGCCAUCAGCACUCAACACCUAUGGGGAUGGUGCCUUUGGACCCCUCAAUGGACAGAAGGGGGAGGUUGAGCCUUGGUCAAUGGCCCACAGCGCCGAAGGAGUUUACCCUCUGACCCCAAUGCAUGAUGGACUGUCCAGCUCCAAGGGGAUUGUUCCUCCUCCUGUCACACCGGGUAAUGGUCUUGGUACCUCCCCCGUGGUUUCCACUAACCUGUCUGACUCGAUUUAUCCCAGUAACACUUGUGGGGGACCCACCACAUCUGGCAGCCUCGGGGCAUCUCAGGAGUAUCCAUCGGGCUACAGUGGAGCCUACCUGCCCUCAGGCUAUUGCAGCCAGCCCACUUCGGCACUUCCCCCUCCACACCCAUCCACCCACCUGCAUAGCUCUGGCCUCCUGCAGCCCAGCCAUCCUUCCACCACCCUUGUCCCUGGAUAUACUUCUUCAGGACCCAUGUAUAAUUACGCUUCAGGGAGCUACCCAGCCCAGCCCACUUACGGUGCCAUCCACCCUCCCCAUCCUUCAGCUUCAUAUUUGCCCUCGGGCAUUGCUGCCCCCACACCCAUUCCCCCUUCCUCCCGCCCUCCUGUGGUCCCUGGUUACAGCUAUCAGAGUCCUCUCUCUGUAGCACCCUUGAGUGGCGAACCAGGGAGCUCUUUGAAAAGAAAGGCCUUUGAUAUCGCUGGCGGGGAGGAAGAUGGCGAAGACAGGUAUCGCAAAUACAGCUAUGAGCAACCAAAGUCCCCAUAUCAGAUGUCCGACAAUGGUGAAUGUAGAGGGAAUGGAUUCAACCGGAGCUCAGAGGUGCCUUUCAAAGGUGGGAAAAGGCCAAGUGGAGCAGGAGUGGUGGCAACCACAGUGGCUUCCGACGAGCCCAUUGGGAAGUUCAACAACCAGGCUAUGAAAGGAUUGGUCUCUCCAGCUUACAGUGUUAGUGAAGCCCCACUGAGGGCUAGUGAGAGCUUUGAGAAAUUCACUCCCCCGGCUGCCAAUGGGGAGCACGAGGGAGACUCCUUUGCUCUAAGGAUGCAGCCCAAAACAACAGCAUUCAGUGGUGACAACAGCAGCCAGCCAGUAGAAGAACAGCUGAAAACCAUGGACCCUUUCAUUCUGGAAUUGGUGAACAACAAAGUAAUUGACUGUGGCCCUCCAGUCCAGUGGACGGACAUUGCAGGACAAGUCUCUGUCAAAGCUGCCAUUGAAGAAGAGCUCGUGUGGCCCAUCCUGAGGCCUGGUGCAUAUACUGGUGCAAACCAACCACCCAGAACCAUCCUGCUCUUUGGGCCUCGUGGUGUAGGGAAGACCCUGCUGAGCAGGUGCAUUUCUACCCAGCUGGGAUCUACCCUGUUGAAGCUCAGUGGCACAGCCUUGGUCUCCAAGUGGAAGGCUGAGGCAGAGAAAAUCCUACAGACCACUUUCUUCAUAUCCAGCUGUCGGCAGCCUGCUGUCAUUCUCCUCACCGACGUGGAAUCUGUUUUAGAAGACGCUGCCAUCUCGAAAUCCCAGUUGCUCACCUACCUGGACAAGCUCGCUACCUCCGCUGAGCAGAAUGUGGUUGUCAUAGCAACCACCACCAGGCCCGGUAAUCUGGAUGAAGCCACCCAAAGAAGGUUUGCCAAACGUUUUUACAUCUCCCCGCCAGACAGCAUUGCAAGGCGGCAGAUUCUGCACCAUGCUUUAGCUCAGCAAAACUACUGUCUCAGCGAGAGGGAGAUGGCCUCCAUUGUCCAACUUACUGAAAGCUACUCAGGCAGUGAGCUCCUCCAGCUCUGUCAGCAGGCAGGGACCAAUAAACUGCAUAGCCUGCCAGGCCAACUUCAACCCACCUCCUACAAGGAUUUUGAAAGCGUUUUCUGCAAAAUCCACCCUGCUGUCUCUCAGAAGGAGCUGGACUUGUAUGUGGAAUGGGAUAAAAUGUAUGGCUCUCACAAUUAGUGGGGAAGCUCCUGUUCCACUUUCCAAAUAAUCUUUAAUCUGUUUGAGAGGAAGCCACUGGAAGCAUUGAAUUCUUGGUUUGCUCUUAAAGGUCUUGGGGCGCUGCAGGUUCCAGUUUCUGAGAGUCUCAUUCCUCUUUCCGUAUGAAAAUGGGGGAAAGGAUGAGAUGUAGUUUUCAUCUCUUAAAAAAAAAGCCACACCAAUUGGAUGCAAGUCCUCCCCUAGACUGACUGACAUGCAGCUUGUUUUUUAAAAAAAAUGUCUGAAAGUUUGUGUGGUGGUUGUCAGGUCUCUAUGUUAAUGAAAAGUAGUUGCUCAAUGAACUCAGGAUAACCUAUUUAUUAUUGAUCUGUUCUUCUAAUCAACCCUUUCCAGCCAGCAUUGUAAAAUAUUCUGCCAGGUAUUACCCCUUUCCCAGCUCCUUUUUAAUGCUGCACACCUCAAACACUUCUGUCUGACUCUUCUAUUGCAGCCUCUCUCCAUCUUUUUACCCUGAAGAAACCCUUGAAAUAAUGUUCAGGUCUCAGGGAAGCCCUGCAUAAAAAUAGCAAAAAAACAAACAAACCAAAAAAACCCCAAAUACCUCACAGUUCAAUUCACUUUUAACCUACACCAUCUACAUUUUACAAUAUUUACAACAAUCGCAAAAUGGCAGGCUGGCAACUACAUUGGGGUGUAUAAACAUUCCAACCACUGUCAGUGCUGGCAUUGCCUGGCCCACAAAGUUCCCAAAAAACAAUAUUUGAUUUUUUUUUUUGAAUGAUGUCUGUCAGAAUUUCAUGGUUCUGUCAAACUAAUUAGGGAAGGUUGUCCUAUAGGUCCCUAUAGGGAACAACCUAUGGAUCAUUCAUUUAAUAUUUCUUAACAGACUCAUUUUCAGAGGCAUAUCUUACAAUAAAGCAGAUGGAAUCAGUACGUUUUGAGAGAAGUGGGUUGGGAUUUUUUAAAAUGUAGAUUAUUGAAUAAGCUAGGCUCUUUUUUA